AUGGAAGCCAAGUUGGCCCCAGUUGCAUAUCCUGGGACGCCCAGAUCGCCAAAUUCCCACGAAAGCAACGUCACAUAUUUCAAUGGUAUCAAACUUCUUUCCGAUGAAGGACGCCGAUGGAUUGAGGGCCAGGUGGGAGAGGAAGUUAGUCGUGAAAGACUAAGCGCGCUUGAGCUUCCAUGGACGAACCCACGUCGACUAUACGAGGACGUCACCAUGCCAUCCAACUGUGCUCCGGAUCAGCCAAGGCGGAGUAUCCUUGAAAUGUACGUUAUGCGAUAUACAUCGUCAUUUCAGAGCCUGGUGUUCCCCGUCAUCAGCAAGUCGCUCUUCACGAAGACACUAGAUCUCGCAUACGGCCCCUUCCAUGUUUUUGGCUAUGCUAGCGCCAAGUCUUGUGCCUACUCAUUUCUCUCACUCAUAACCUUAUUUGGUUUCGAUGAUGAUGACGCACAGAGAGCAGUGGAUUGCGGUUCCUAUGCUUCCGCUGCUCAGAGGCUAGUACCGCAUAUCAUCCAAGAGAUGACAGUUGAUGGACUGCAAUCACUCAUUAUGCUUGCCCAAUUUCAAUACUUUCUAGGUGACCUCCAACCAGCUGGAGUCUCCGUCUCAAUUGCCACCCGUCUCAUUUAUAUGCUGGGUGCCCAUAGACACCCGACUGAUAAAAGCUCAGCUGCCUAUUUGCCUCCAUAUGAUAAGGGUGACCUCAACUGCCAUUUGCGAGACCUUUUCUGGCUAUGCUAUUCCUUCGACAAAGAUAUUUGUCUAAGGAUGGGACAGCCCCCAUCUAUCGAUGACACGCAAUGUGACCUUUCACUACCAGCGGAUUAUGUGCGGCUGCAGAACACUAAUAUACGGCGAGACACCAUGAAGCCCGAUAGUUCUACGCAACCUCUUUUCCCUUGGGAUAUUCGUCUAUCAAAGAUGAAGUCGGAAGCGUACCAUACACUUUAUUCAGCCAGCGCACGUUUAAAAAGUGAUUCCGAAAUACUUUCGAGCAUUCGGCACCUCGAUGCGGCGUUGGAGCAGUGGAGGCUAUCUCUGCAUCCAGAUAUUCGACCGAUCUUAUGUUUCUGGCAAGAUAUGCCGCCCAAAGCGACCGUGAACACUCAGGAAGUGAUGCUGCGACUCGCAUACUACCACUGUGUGAUCAUCAUUCACGAAGCAAGCGAUAGGUGCAAACUAUCAAAAGCAGACUCUGGCAUUGGAGUUGAGGGAAUAAGUUCUAGCAUCAACCUUUCCAUUACUGCCAGUCGGUCAUCACUCUCUCUCCUCCAGGCCACUCUACCUAUACUGAAGGGGGAAUGUUUCUGUUAUCACGACGCGAAAAUCCUCUCUGAUGUUCCCACCCUGAUGCGCAAGAUUCCAAUUCGGUAUCUCACGCCUGCCGAAAUCAUUCACCUAAAGUUCCUUGAUGGAUUCACGACGGAACUUGCAAGGCUGGGGAUGUGUGCCAUCUACAAAGCGCAGGAAAAGGUACAUGCCUCAAGGGACGUGCGCAUGUUCAGCUAG